UCAAUAAUUUUUUCAGAAAUAAUGUUUUAGCAAUUAGAAAAAAGUGAAAUAUUUAGCGUAAACACAGAUCAUUGUGACACGUAGAAAGGACGUGUUACUGGUGUAAAACAGUUUAACACCAGAAAAUAAAUAUUAAAUCAGGUGUUACUGCCUAACUGCCUAAACACGUGUCAAGCAUGAAUUAAAGUUGAACCAGAGACCCUGAGAUGAGAAUGAACCUGGUGGGUCUCCUGCUCCUGGCCCUGAUAGGGUCUGGAGUUGCACAACGACGACAAUUAAUCCAAGAUAUGAUUGAGAACCUGAGAACCAAACCCAAGUCUAGCAGUCUCAGUCCAAGCUUUAACGGAGAGAUCAAUUUUGAUCUGAUUGGAUCCGGAGGAUUACCGCUCCAGGGAGCCGAGGAUGGGAGUAGAGGAGCAGGGUUCAGCUCCAAUCCAAGUGCUCCAAGUAUAAAGGAUGUUAUUACUGGUUCUAUUUCUAGAUUUGAAACUUCUAAUCUAGAAACACAAUCUUCUUCACAAGGACCUAAUGUCGUCAGCAGCAUUCAAACAAGAAAGAAUAAAAGAGAACCAGAGGGUCUACCAUUCUUUGCUGAAUCUCCUAAACCUUUCUCCGAACAUGAAUUGGAAAAAUCCCCGUUUACUGAAAACAAGAGUGAAUUAAACAAGGUGCCAUCUAUCGAAAAAAAGCCAAUUUUCAAAAAGUCGUCUUCACGCUAUAGCGAAAAGCCGCAAUUUCCAUCGAAGAAAUUUCAAGAUGGACGUCUUCAAGAGUCUGGUUCGUUCCAAAGUGGAGCUCUACCUAACGAUUUUAAUUUUGGGCCUCCAGCUAGAUUUAACAGUGGAUUUAAUGAUGGGCCUCACAGAUUUCAGGAUGGACCACACAGACUGAAUGAGGGAACACAAAAAAAAAUCAUAGAGGGAGGAAAAAAGGGGUUGUUUAAUGGACCACCCAGACCUUUUAACGAUGUACCCCCUACUAUAUUUAAAGAUGGACCUCCGAGCAGGUUUAAUGAGGGGCCUCCCAGCAGAUUGAAGGAUGGACCCCCAGACAGAUUUUUUAACGGACCGCCUAAAAGAUUUAUUGAUGGCCCACCCAACAGAUUUAAUGAUGGUCCACCGAGCAGAUUUAAUGAUGGUCCACACAACAGAUUCAAUGAUGGCCCACCAGCUAGAUUUAAUAACGGUCCAAUAGGCUUACUUAAUGAAGGGCCACCCCGUAGACAUAAUGAUGGCCCUCCAAGUAGGUUUAAUGAUGGCCCAUCAUCCUUCCGCGGCCAACGUGAAUCAUUCCAUUCAAAAAAUGGACCAAGACCUGGACCUAGCUUUAGGCAUAAACGACAACCUGGAGAUUUACCACCAAAAAUGUCCGACAUUUUCCCGCCAAAAAAGUCCGAUUUUUUCCCGCCAAAAGGUUCCCUACGACCUGGAGCCGAGGAUCAACGAAAAAUUAAGAAGAAGGGUCCCCGUAGGAACCCUGAUCAAAGUUUUAAUCCUCCCGAAGAAACCUUCUCCAACUUCAAGCCAGCUUUUCUAGAUGAAGGAAGUGAGAAGUUUAACCAACCGGAACCAACUAGACUGGACGGACAUAGUUCCGUCAAACCUCGUCGGAAAAAGGGAAAAAAGAGAAGUAAACCCCAAACUCCAUACACUGAAGUUUCUCCACCUUCCUACUCUACCCUUCCAACCUUUCCAACAGAUUCUGGGUUUGGGUUCGAAAACUCCUUCGCAUCCGGGUUUGGAGAACAAGAAGCAGGGUUCGGAGAUCAGGGAUCUAAAGGAUUUUCUCUUGAACCUGAACCGUCCUCCAAACCAAAACGACAGUCUAUCUCCACCACUUCCAAUUCUGGAUUUGAAAAUGAGGGAUUUUUUGCCGGGGUUCAGGAGAGUUUCCCGGAUCUUUCCGAUUUCGGAAUGAAUUGGGAACCGGAAAAAAUCCGAACGAAGAGAUCUGCGCUCAAAAAUCCGUUUUAUUACAGAGAUGAACGGCCAAGGCGACAACGACCUAACCAUCCGAGUCGACAGACGAAUCGUCAAUCCAACCGACGAUCUCAGGGUCCAACCGGAUUCUGGGAUGAUGCCGAUUUUGAUUCGGAUUUCUUUAAUGGCGGCGGUCCUUCAGCGUAUUCUUAUGACGAUUUCAGCAAGAGUUCUCCAUAUUCUUUCCGACCUCAACAAUCCGGCGAAGUUUCUCAGUACCGACCCCAAGAGCCUGCGUACAGACCACAAGAAGCUGCUUACAGACCUAAGGAACCCUCAUACCGACCUCAGGAGCCUUCAUAUAGACCGCAAGAGCCAUUUCGGCCACAAGAGCCAGUGUACAGACCUCAAGAGCCUGCAUACAGACCUACAGAACCUGCGUACAGACCUCAGGAGUCACCGUAUACCUCAGGAGAGGUCACUGCACUUCAGGCAGCCUAUCUUCCUGCACCUAUCAAGUUGUCGAGCAGUGGAGACUACUACUCCACGAACUCCAGGAACUCCCUUCAGUCCCCUGAGGACAACGAGAUCCUUGGAUCCGGAAACUUUGAUAUAGUGAAGGGAGGAACUUUCUACACCAAGGACGAGUAUCAAUAUAUUCCUAGCAGUAAUUCUCCGCAGCAGUACAGCCAUCAGUACGUGAAGGAUUUUUUCCACAAUUUCAGAGAUUUCGCCGACAUUAAAGAAGAAAACUACAAAUAGUGCAUUGGGGGUCAUCAAGUACAUUUCUCCUGUAAAUCAUAAUGAUUAAACCUAUAUAAUUGCGAAACAAUGCUUUAAUGUUGAAUUUAUCUAUUCUCGUGGUCACAGUGGUCGGAUUGGAAAUACUAAAAAGAUAUUUCACAAGUCUUAAAUCAUGAUAAAACUUACUUGAUCCCUCCUACCCCCUUCAUAGAGUUAACAUUGCCUAGUUGGCCUGGUUUACUGCUUGAAUUUUGUUGGUUUUCUCGCAUAUACAGGGUGUCCCAAUAAACAUGGGAAUUCAGUGACGAAUUCGAUAUCGUCUUUUCAAAUAAUUCUUUGAUUUAGUAUAGUGAUUGAUACCUACUGGAAAGCUGUAAUUUGUAAGAGUUUCGUCUGCUAUGUUCACAUUUUGUUUGUUUAUGUUUUGACCGUAUACGAUUGUACUUAGUAAAA